GCGUCGCUCGAGCCGAUUUAAACAACUUCCUGGUCCGGGAAAAUCUGACAUUAUCGCGACAGUCUGUUCGUAUGCAGCUCAGCGACAAGGGGCCUGGCGCUGGAAUGCGAAACCAUAACUUAUUUAGUCAAAACAAAUCGUUGACGAACUUCAGCGUACCGUUUCAGAAACACCACAGGACUCGGCUGUCGUCCGAGACAUGAGGGAGACUCCCAACGUACGGGUAUGAGACGCGAUCAGUUAUUUCAACAUUUGCAGCUUGGGGCUCGUUGACUCUCUGUGUUGGCUCAGGAUGGCACAGGGAGGCUCUCAGCUGGACUACCACAUCCUGCAGGACCUCAAGCAGCGUUUCCCAGAGAUCCCAGAGGGUGUAGUUUCACAGUGCCUUCUGCAGAACAACAAUAACCUGGAUCUUUGCUGUCACCUGCUGGCUCAGGAGAGUAACAGAUACCUGUAUGGAGAGUUCCAUCACAGUCCAGAGGAAGGGCGACUUAGUCGAAACCACAUGCUACACAUUAGCCUAGGAUACCCAGGCUCAGAGGCAGGCAAGGCAAAUGGAGGAGCAGCAGGACGCUCCCUUGUGCACAGCAACAGUGACAGUCACAUCGAACCCCAGCGGCCCAGCUAUCCUGAGUCACUGUCGGCCCCCGCCACCAUGGCCCCCUCCGUGGGUUACAAUCCUUUCUUCAUGAACGAUCAGAGCCGCUCAGCUAGCACUCCCACUCCUCCACCCACAAUGCAGGGAAUGUCUCCCACAUACUCCCCAAUCCCACGUUACACUAUGAACCCUAUAACAGUCACACUUUCGCAAAGUAGUAUACCCAAUGUCCCGCAAGCUCUGCAGAUUCCCCCUGGGCAUUACGCUAACAGCACCAACGCCACCUUGUAUAUUCGACCCUCACCUUCCCAGAGCCCACAGCCAGCACCCUGGUCCUCCUCAGGGGUGCCUGUGUAUCAGCAUCAGCAGUCCCCCUACAAUACUCCCACAUAUGGCUCGCCUUACAGCUCCCCACAGCAUCAGGUCCAGCCCCAACCACAGCCCCAGCCCCAACCACAGCACCAGCAAUAUGUCUUCCUCCCUAUUAGCUCCCCAACCCUUCCCAGCAUGCCCUACCAUCACCAGCAACAGCCAGCUGUGUACAGGCCCUACCACACAAAAAGCUCCCUGAAGAACCAGAUAGAGAUUACCCUGGAGGGUCCACGACCUCGCAGCAACUCACCUGUGCACACACCCCACCCCCAGGGAGCGCUUUAUAUGGCCACCAGCCCUUCGCCCAGCUCCCCUUCGAGGGGCAUCACUAUGAGUGGACCUUCAGGGCCGGCAUCCUUCCACCCUGGGAUGUACCUGCAGCAUCAGGGCCCUACAAGGCCUCGGCCUGCCUCCUCUCCUCAACCGGGCCAGUCAGCGUACACCUUCAAAAUCAAAGUUUCCCCAGGUGGCCAGGCCCAGAGGUCACUCAGCUCACCUCCUGUGGCCGAAGCUGAGUCUCUUCUCAACAUAGUAGACCAAGGGGAACACAACGCUGCCCCUGCACCCAUCCUGCCCAUCUCUGCUCUGCCAGGGAACAUUGUCAGUCAGUUUCAACACAUGCCACGACGUUCAAGCUCAGGCUCUGAUGACUAUGCCUACACACAAGCUCUCCUGCUCCACCAGCGGGCAAGGAUGGAGCGUCUCAUGAAGGAGCUGCUGAUGGAGAAGCAGAAACUAGACCACCUGAAGGCCGAUGUCAACAACAUGGAAUAUGACGCCCUUCAAAGACGCUUUCGAAGAGUCAACUCCACCAGUCUUAUUCCCAGACCUGAAGAGAUGACCCGAUUGCGGAGUCUGAACAGACAGCUUCAGAUUGAUAUCGACUGUACCCUGAAGGAGACGGAUCUACUGCAGUCUAGAGCAUUGAUCUUGAAAGAGCCAAGCCCAGAAGCAGACAGAGUUGGGUCCAAAGUGAUGGACGAGGCUCCAUCACACUGCAUACAGAUGCAGCGUUCUAAAAUGACCUACUGGUCCGUGACAGGACCCAGGCCCAUCCAAGGUUGCCCCUCAUUGGGCCCAUGCACAGUGUUCGGCUGACUUCCAAAUGCCCUUUGGCAAACACUGGCUGAGACGUCAUGCAUGCAAGUUUUUCACACUGGCUUUCUCUUUGCCACUCUUCCAUAAAGCGGUGAAUGGUGAAGCACCCGGGCGGCAGUUUUUAUGAAUACAAUGUCUCUCCUUAGAGAACGCUGAUUUCCCUCACCAGUGCCCCUCUCACACACUUGUUUUUGAGGAUGGCCUGAGGAUGGCUGCAAAAUACUUGGAUUUUCUGGUCAGCCCCCUUUUUUUUUUUUACCAGUUUAAGCGUAUGCUUCUUACCGGUUAAAGCGUAUGCUUUUGGUUGCAUUGUUUCAAGGAAUUUCUGUUGGUCUGUGUGGUCUUUACAUCUUCGCAUUCAUCCGAUCUACUGCACACUUCGCGGGUGUAUUGGUGGGGACCAAAGGACCUGCAGUGUUGAAGUUGGUGCAAUUUGGACAAGCAAGGUUCAAUAUUUAUAAACUUUGAAUAAACACCCGAUAGCGCUCUGUGCAGCAGCGGGGGAGGAGUAUGUUGUCAACAGCUGGCCUUUGUAAUGUGCAGCUAAUUGACUGCAGUCUCCUUUGCUGCUGGAUGUGCUAAUGUUACAACCAAUCUCUCUUCACCAAGCAAUUGCCUCGUUAUGAACGGGGAAAGGCUCUAAUUUCUUUAAUUGUUAAGCCAUGCUUGUAAUGUAAUGCAUGUUUUAAAAUGAGGUAUCAUACUAGUUACACAGGUGUACGCAACUAUUUAUUACUGUUCCUUUAUUACGUUUCAUGUUGUUGUGUAUAUAAAUACUUUUAUUAUUAUUAUAUUUUGGGACUUUUUUUUGGUCUUUGUUGGGACAAAUGUAGAAGGUAAUUUGUGUGAGGGAUCUUUGCAUGCCUCUUUGAGCCCAGCUUUCAUCACAAAGCUCAUUAAGCUAAAGAACUUUGCAUGCAGAAAAAAAAUCCAUCCAGUUGCAAAAAUAAAUCAGAAAAUUAAGUUAAUCUGACUGCAAACCUGUAGCUAACAGGCCCAUAUUUCUUUCUUUUUCUUAUGCUGCUAUAAAUAGGUAUCUAAGCAAACAAUAAAAUCCUAUGUUGAUAAUUGUGGUCAUAAAUCUAUGUAUAACUAUAUAAACACAAGAAAGAGUAAGCUUCCUUAUCUUGUGGCCAAGUGAAGACAUGCCAGAAAACAAGCUUGGCUUCAUCUCCUUGCGAAAUGCUGAAACUGUGAAUACUGCUUGAAUUGGCUUAUUUAUUGUAGCGUUGCCCUAGCGACGUUCAGACCUGGUUCAGAUCAACUUAAGCGUGUCAAUAACAAAACGCUAAGGGCUGCGUAGGUUGAGGCGUGUUGCUUCAUGUGCCAGUGAGGCGCUGGAAUACAACACAGGAUGGUGAGUGUUAGAUAUCCAUGAAUCUUAAGCCGUUUAUAAUACUAUGAGACAGGAUUUUACAACUCCUGGAAAGUUAUUGAAAGCAUCAGCCAUUGUACUAAACUCUGUCUUAAAGAUCCUCAAGUAAACGGUAGGAUUAUGCUCUUCAUGUUACAAAAGAAACCGGAAUGUGCAUGCAAGUGCAUGUAACAUCAUAGUACGUAGCCAAAUGAUGUUUCAUUACUAAGUUGCAAAAAUUGCCUGUUGACCCUGCAGUCUUUUUUGUCUUGUGUUACACUGACUGAGGGGGCUUUAUUGUUGGUCAGAUCACAGCACUCUGUCCAACGAGUAGCUGGAAACCGGACGGUCCGACUGAUUGGACUUGUUGGGAUGGACACACUUCUAAAUGCAUGUCUGGUUUCUG